GCCAGUUAAUAAAACGACAAAAUUUUCUUUAAUCUUUGCCGGAACUAACAAUAUUGUUUACUUAUUACAAUAUAAAUUAACUUGGUGACUGUUUUGCAGCCUCUGCGUGCGACGUGCGUCGUUACGUACAAACUAUUGAAUCGCGGCCGCAAACGAAAACGGCCGCCGUCGAUAUGACAAACAUCAGCAGCGCCAACAGCACUUUGUCAAUAAAUGAUUAUUACGAUUACACCGAAAGGCCGGAGACGUACAUCGUUCCCGUACUAUUCGCCAUAAUAUUUGUCGUCGGCAUGAUCGGCAACGUGACUUUGGUGUUGAUAUUCGUCCGGAACAAGCAGAUGAGGAACGUGCCCAAUAUUUACAUAAUCAAUCUGGCGCUCGGUGAUUUAUUGGUGAUCGUCAGCUGCGUGCCGUUUACGUCUACCGUCUACACGUUCCCGACGUGGCCUUACGGGCUGGCCGUGUGCAAAGUGUCGGAGACGGCCAAAGACGUUUCGAUCGGCGUGUCCGUGUUCACGUUGACCGCGCUCAGCGCCGACCGGUAUUUCGCCAUCGUGAACCCAAUGCGCAAGCUGCACGCGUCCAUCGGCGGACGGUUCGCCACCCGGUUCACGCUCACCGUGGCCGCGGCCAUCUGGGCGGUGGCCGUGGCGUGCGCCGUACCCGCCGCCCGGUUCUCGUACGUCCGCCAGUUCCGCGUGCACAACGUCACCCUGUUCGAGGUCUGUUACCCGUUCUCCGAGCACAUGGGGCCCGCCUAUCCCAAGGUCAUGGUGACGGUCAAGUUCCUCGUCUACUACGCCGUCCCGCUGGCUGUCAUCGCGUUCUUCUACGUGCUCAUCGCCCGGUACCUGUUGCACACCACCAACAACAUGCCCGGCGAACUACAGGGACAAAUACGUCAAGUGCGAGCUCGAAAAAAAGUCGCUAAAGCUGUGCUGGCCUUCGUGUUGAUGUUUGCCAUCUGUUUUCUACCCCAUCACAUUUUCAUGCUGUGGUUUUACAACUACCCCAAGUCAACGGAAGAGUACAACACUUUCUGGCACGUAUUGCGCAUUGUUGGGUUCUGUCUGAGUUUCAUAAACUCUUGCAUCAACCCCAUUGCCCUAUAUUUGGUGAGCGGCACGUUUCGCAAGCAUUUCGACAAACAGUUAUUCUGGUGGUGCAUAGCAUCUACAACGGCCACUACAGAAUCCAACUUGUUCGUGAUCAAAAAGAACGGAACUUCGAGUCGAGACAUAAAAAUUACAGAGUUUAUAACGUCGCCGUCGAUGCAUUCAGCUGCAAACAAAAACCGAAGCAAUAAGACUUUUACUGCGAUCACGAAUACCGAAGGUCGAAAAAUCAAGAGCACCCAACAUGGGGCGGAAAAGGGAUGGCUAUCGCCUUCCAUAUAGUAUUUCAAAAUAUAUUUUCAUAAUUAUUUUAACGGUAACCAUAAAUCUUGUAAUAUCAAUUUUAAAUUUUUUUUAAUUUAUCUUUAUUUGUUUUGCCUUCAUACAUAUUACAUAUUAUAUAUUAUAGUUUGUUUACUACUAUUAUAAGAUAAUAAUCGAUUUAAUUAUAAACUAUAACAUGCUUUUUGGAAAAAGCACGUUUCGA